AUGGCCGAGUCCAAGUUGCACAAUACUUACGCCAUCACCGGCAUUCCGGUUAAGAAUGUCGAGACCAAGACCAAGGACAUACCCUAUGCCCCUGGCACCCCCAUCCGUCGUGAGAUUAACGAGCUCUUCCCCUCCGAAGACCCUCUCACUAGGAAGCAAUGGACGUUGUUCAUCUUGGGCUUAGAGAAGUUCAAGAAGAUGCCUGUGGAUGAACGGGAGUCGUACUUCCAGGUCGCUGGUAUCCAUGGCUAUCCCCAGACUUCUUGGGACGGAGCUCCUGAUCCGCCAAAGGACCCUGACUGGAAUCCUCCCAAAUCGAAGCCUUGGGGCGCGAAUCCGUAUGGUGGAUAUUGCCAUCACAACACCAUUGCGUUCCCUACCUGGCAUAGGCCCUACAUGCUGCUCUACGAGCAAAUCAUCUGGGAAAACAUGAAGAAGAUCAUCAAAGAUGACUGGAAGCUCGUUGGAGAGCAAGAGAAAGAGUGGACGGCCGCAGCCAACUCUUGGAGACUCCCGUACUGGGAUUGGGCCCAAAGGCAGACCUACGAAGGCUACGAGAACUCGUUCAGUCUUCCGUAUGCUUGCAUCCUGGAUCACGUCCCAAUCUACCCUCCUACCGGGGACACGGCAUGCCCAAACCCUUUGGUAAACUUCGUCAACCCUGAGAAGGAUGCCAAGGGGGAUCCUCUUCCAUUUGGAAACAUGCCGCCGGGUAAGAAGAAGUGGGAUAUCCAUAAAAAUGCCACUGAAAAAGGGAGCCCCUCGUUGCCUUGGGACGAGUGUAGUGGCACAAGCCGCUACGGAGUUUUCAGCGACGAAAAGGGAGGCUACAGAGGCCUCACUGGAGUCAACAACUUCAACACGGCAAACCUCACCCUCAACGCCAUGUCGGAUACGACCAACUGGUACAAUCCUUACAGGAAGGAGGACCCCGACAGAGAUCCUAAGUUCGAGGCCAAGCCCCCUGGAACUUUGGCCGACUCCAUCAACCGUCUGUUCUCAUCCGAGUACAAUGACACUUGGGGAAGCUUUUCUAGCACCAAGUGGUGGGCCGAGAGUGCUCAGAAGUUCACGACUGGGUAUCUGUCCCUGGAGUACAUCCACAACAAUGUUCAUAAUGUGACCGGCGGUGGUGAUCUCACUGAGUAUGGUCUUGGCCACAUGUCGGACGUGCCAGUUGCCGCAUUUGACCCCAUCUUCUGGCUCCAUCAUUGCAACAUCGACCGACUACUGUCCAUGUGGCAAGCUUUGAACUGGAACAAGUGGUGGGACACAAAGGAGCCACCACCUCCAGACGAGAAGGACGAGACCGGGAAGCCGAGGACGAAUCUCCCGGACCCUACACCCUGCUCUCCUCUUCUUCCCUUCCACAAUGUCGAGACCGACAAGCCCGAUCAAGAGCCCGAUAAAGGGUUCUGGACGUCCGAGGGAGUUCGUGACUGGACAAAGCUCGGCUAUACGUACGACAUCCUGACUCCGGCCCCAAUUUCCCUUGACGAGAACGGGGCCCUCAACGAGGAGGUCUACAAGGCUGAGUUGUUGGCCAAGAUCAACAGCACCUACACCAGCACGGGCGAGUACUACAGGAAGCUCUACGAAGAUGAGGAGAUCACGAAUGAAGAGUUUUUCGGGCCUCACAAUACCGAGUUCCACACAUGGAACGAUUACAUUAUCAACGUCAUCUACGACCGCUACGCUCUCAAAGGCUCUUCGUACGUCAUUGAGUUCUGGCUUGGCGGUCGAGAUAACGAUCGAGAGAGCACAUUCCGCGACGCCGAAAACUUGAUCGGUAGUGUGUACUGCCUGGCUGGUAUGACUCCCUCGUCUACCAUCAAGCCCGGAGGCUGUGCCAAUUGCGGUUCGCAGAGGGAUAACAAAGUGCUCUCAAGGGGCCAGGUGACUCUCACCAUUCCCUUGAUCACGCAGGCCCUCAACAAGAACUUCAAGCAUCUCAAGAGUGUGAGAGGACGUUAUGUUAUUGAGUAUCUCAAGAACCACUUGCACUGGCGAUUUGUGCCGAUUGGCGGUGGACCUGAGAAACCGGCCAGCGAUUUCCCCGACACUGUCAUCUCAGUCCUCAGGGGAACGGGCAAGUAUGUUGGCAAGUCAAAGACCAAGAAGGACCUGCCGCCCAAGUACGCCGAUUAUAAGCUCCAGUAUGGACCUACGGAGAACAAGCCUGCUGGUUUGACCAGUGAUGACGAGGUGCUGGGUAAGGAGCAUGAGAGUGAGCUCGACUUCAGAACGUUUUAG